GGUCCGCCAUCAUUCUCUCGUUCCUCGACACAUCGAGACUAUACAGAGGACGUCUGGCCAGUUAAGCGCCGGAAACAGACGGAAUUUUACGGGACAGUCCGAAAUGAAGACGCCAUAUUGAAUAUGAAUGGUGUAUUAUGUGAUUUUUUUUCUCCCGGCCUCCUUCAGAAUAACCGAGAUCUGAGCUCUUCCAACCGCGCUUUUUUUGCACAAUAGAUCGAAAGCGGAUGGUUACUACUACUAUCGCGAUUGCACUUAUGCAGAGAGUGAUUAACACUGCAGUGAGAAACAAUCACCCGGCUUAUAUAAUGAUUUCAUUGACUCUACUGUUUUUUCGUUCAAGGAAUUAGUAAAUCCUGCAGAUUGUAUAAUUCGGGUGUUCGCUCUGAUUCUUAAGGGCAUGUUUUCUGACGAGAAAAACAGACCACUACAUUGAGUGAUAGCCUUCUUAGGAAAGAAAACUAGACAGAAAAAAUGGAGGAGAACCCUGACAACACUAUGGAUGAUUGUGUGAUCAUUGUGGAGGAGAACGAAGCAGAAAGCAGACAGAGUCAGAAUGAGAAACCGGGCGAAGGAAGCUCCAGAAACUUGCUGGACACCUGUGCGGUGUGUCUUCAGAGCUUGCAGAGUCGAGAUCCUCGGCUGCUUCCCUGCUUACACUCCUUCUGCUCAAAGUGUGUGCCGCCACCGGCGAGAUAUGUGGCCUUAGCGGUGGGCAAACCUACAGCACCCGGUGGCGCGAACUCCGCUGCAGAGGCGAACAAAAAGCAGGUUGGAGUGAUACGUUGUCCAGUUUGCAAACAAGAAUGUGCAGAAAAAUAUGUAAUGGAGAAUUACUUUGUUAAGGACACUGCUGAAGUACCCAGCAGCACGGUGGAAAAAUCAAGUCAGGUCUGUACAAGCUGUGAGGACAAAACGGAAGCAACUGGCUUUUGUGUGGAGUGUGUAGAAUGGCUUUGUAAAACCUGUGUUGAAGCUCACCAGAGGGUUAAAUUUACCAAGGAUCAUGCCAUCCGCCAGAAAGAAGAAGUAUCACCAGAAGCUGUCUGCUUGCCAAACCAGCGACCGGUGUUCUGCCCCUUCCACAAACAGGAGCAGCUGAAACUGUUCUGUGAGACUUGUGACCGUCUUACCUGUAGAGACUGCCAGCUUCUGGAACAUAAAGAGCAUAGGUAUCAGUUUUUAGAAGAUGCAUUUAAGAACCAGAAGGGUUAUAUCGAAGCUUUGACCGCUAAACUGUUGGAGAAGAAUACCCAGAUUGACUGUGUGAAAGAGCAACUUAAAAAAAGGCUUAUUGAGAUUGAGGAUAAUCAUAAAAAGGUGGAACAGGAAAUUAAACUAGCCAUAUUAUCACUUAUUGUUGAGGUCAACAGACGAGGAAAAGGCUUAAUGAAUCAAUUGCAGGCUUUGGCCAAGGAUCGCAGGACGAAGCUAGUACAGCAAGAAAAGGAGAUUCUGAACUUUUCUAAACAUGUAGAACAUGUCCUGAACUUUGCCAAAUCUGCUGUUUGUAAUAGCAGUAGCACAGCUCUACUCUACAGCAAACGACUGAUUAUGUUCCAGCUUCAUUACCUUCUUCGGGCCAAGUGUGAUCCAUCCCUAAUAACAAACAGUACCAUACACUUUCACUGUGAUCCUACCUUUUGGGCCAAAAAUGUUGUCAAUCUAGGCUCAUUGAUAGUAGACAACAACCCUCUAAACCAACAGAACAGCCUAAAUACGUCAGCAUCAACAAGCCACAGUGGUCUGAACCAAGGAGAGCCUGCCUUACCACUUCAUCCACAAAGCUUUCUUUUAUCUAACAUACCUCCUGAUGUAAAUUUGUCUCAACUUCAGCAGCAAAUUGACCGUUUGGCACAGCGGAACAGCAUGGCUCUGAAGCUGCAUGCAGUCCCGCCUAAUCCACAAGGAGUUCAUUCUCAGAGUCCUGUAGGUGCAAGUCAGACUCAUUUGUUGCAGAGGCCCCCUGCGGGAUAUCACUGCCAGCAAGUACCUGCAGAAAGCUUUCAGGGUCUGGGUCCUCCAAGUCAGUCGGUUAUUCAUCGAACCAUGGUCACACCCCCACAACCUCCUCGCUUGAUUAACCUUCAAAACUUAAGAAGAGAAGUCAGCAGUUCCAGUAGUCAGGCCCAGCUAACAAAGAACUGGGAGAAUAUGCCCAAAGUACGAACUGAGUCAACCGCACACAACCUUCCAAGUCCAGAGGAAAUAAAUCAUCUAACACAACAAGCUUUCCACCAGCUUGGUAGUGCUGGGUCUUUAGUCUUGGACGAUUGUCUAGUUAAAGAUGGCAAAAAAGAAAACGCUCAUUCAAAAGCUUCUGUAACAAAUCCUUCCCCUGGACCAUCCACCCCCUCAUCAAGCAUUAAAGUGGCACAGAGUGCGAACAUACCAACAUCUUCUGCACAUACCUCCACUGAAGACAAUAAAGGCUGUUCAUUAACGUCAUCCCUUAAGACGGCUGGAAAAGAGCCCCAGAGUAAGCGGCCACUUGUCAGGUUAGAAUCAAUUCGCAUCAAGCCAGAACUUGGAGGAGUCAAGAAGGAAUAUGAUUUCCCUGUGAUAGUUGUGAAGGAAGAGGAUGAUGAAAAAAAGAGUACAGAUAAGGCUGCCUCUAGUAAAUGUACAAACAUUCCUGACAGCACAGGGGAACAAGACACAUCAGAUGAGGAGUUGUGCUACUGGGUGCCAAGAGGGCGCCAGGAGCAGAAGGAGAUGGGAGAAGGCAGACAGGAGGAUGAUCCAAAUGAAGACUGGUGUGCUGUUUGUCAGAAUGGAGGAGAGUUGCUCUGCUGUGAAAAAUGCCCAAAAGUGUUUCAUUUGUCCUGCCAUGUCCCUGCUUUGCUCACUUUUCCCAGUGGAGAGUGGAUGUGCACAUUCUGCCGUAGCAUUACAUUUCCCGAGGUUGUGUAUGAUUGUUUAAAUAGCCAGCAAAACUCAGAGAAGAGGAAAUCUGGAGGUCUGCCUGGUUUGCCCCCAACAGAUUUACGGAAAUGUGAAAGGCUGUUGCUUUUCCUGUAUUGCCGUGAACUAAGUGUUGACUUCCAGGAGCCCGUCCCGCCAUCUAUUGUGCCUGAUUAUUACAAAAUCAUCAAAAGACCAAUGGAUUUGUCACUUGUGAGAAGGAAACUCCAAAGACGAAAUACACACCAUUAUCAGAAACCUGAAGACUUUGUAUCAGAUAUCAGGCUAAUCUUUAAAAACUGUGCAGAAUUUAACGAGCCGGAUUCUGAAGUUGCCCUGGCUGGCAAGGUCUUGGACGAUUAUUUUCAUGAAAAGUUGAAACUUCUGUACCCUGAUAAAAAGUUUCCUCUUCCUGAACCUACCAAGCCAGCAAGAGAACACACAGGUUUCAGCGAUGAUUCGGAUGAUGAUGAUUUUAUUCAACCCAAAAAGAAACACUGGAAAACAGAAGAGCGGCUCAAGAAGACUUUACUCAUGUAGUGUGCUGUACAUAGGGGAGCGGAAUUUCUACCUGGCAAAUUUCAAAUAGUCAUAUCUCAGACACCAUUUUUUUAAAUCGUGCAGCAUACAGUAUCUUCUACUGUAUUUUUUAUUAGCAUUGGAAAAUAUUUUAAUGUGAAACACUUUUUAAACCGUGGAAUAACUUUUUAUAGUUCUUUCAAGAAUAUGUAAAGAAAAAAAGCGAUGGUAUAUCAAAAGUAAAUUCUGAGAAUCAGUUAAACAGUAUUAAAAAAUAUUUAAUAUAACCUUUUCAUAGACUAAUAUGAGUCCAAAUUUUAAGAUGAAUAAUGAAAAAUACAUCUGUACUAUAAACCAAA